GUAGCGACGUACGUAAGCAGAUAACGAAUAGGGCCGCGCGCGGCAAAGCCCGCUACCUUACAUUUUGAGCUUAGUCAUAGGGCUGGGCCGCUCGCUACGCCGACAAUCUCCGGUUCGUGCUGAUACUACCUAGUUGCUUUGUCUACCGAGACAUUUCUUCAUUUAUUCAAUAACCCGUGCACUAUGGUUCUUUGCUUGACUUCGUCCUGCCAUCCGCACCUGCCAUGCGUUAUUCGUCGCCUGUUACAAUUCAAUUUUCACAAGUGGAAGAGAUGGUGCUAGAAGUUCUUCAGCACUGCGAUAUAGCGUCUCUUGUAGCGGCGUCCCAUGGGAAUCGGCAGUUCAGGCGUCUAGUGCGGUCUAUAUUAUCGACUCGUCUUGUCCAUGCAUUGUCGCCAUGUAUUCCAGAUUAUCUUUUACUUCAAUUCUUCGUUCUCUUGGAUCGUACCGAAUCUGCUAUUAUAGGAUCAACUGCCUUCAAGACUUUAACUCCUCAUUGCACCUGGGAGACUGCGGACGUUAACAUCGUAACGCCUUUGUACGGAUUUACAUUGUGGGAGGAUUUUUUUGCCAUGCAUCACUUCAUUGCGAGUGAAGAUGACAGAUUUAGUCGUCUACAAAACAAUGUGCCGCAAGCAGGCAUUUGGUACCACGACGAAACUAAAGAAAUAAAGAAAAUCAUCGUUAUAGAAUCAGCGCACGAUUCCGUCUUCUUGCCUGUUCUAUCGUCGCCUCUCACCAGUCAGAUGAACAUCAUUACGAGCAGUCAUAUAUAUUGCUUGUAUCCUACGCUGACGGUGGAUCGUAUUUCGGUCAACUCUUUUGGCGGUCUACCCCAUAGUUUUGACUCCGUUCCCAUCGUUUUGAGCGAACUUCGACUAGAAGCAGUUGACAAGCAAGGUCUUCGGUUUAUUGCCAAUGGCGAGAGAUCUGACAAGACAUGCGGUGUGGAGUGUCCAAAGUUGGAGCGCGCGCUUAGAGGGUAUAGAAAUGUCGGAAUUUUUCAAUGGGGAGGUUACCAAUUGAUGACCUCAAUGGAUCGACGAUCAUAGCACUGACCCAUCAACACAUGGGCAAGUAAUGCAUAUUGGCAUUCAACAAUAGUACGAUCCUGCGACAGCGAUAAACCAUGCAAACCAGCACUGUAAAUAAGGGAUCCACGAUCAGAAGUGAAUAUCAGACUUCUCGAUCCUGUAAGUGCUCGGCCGAACAACAUCCCGUGGAUUACAGACACAGCGAACGCUGUUCCUCGUCCAGACGACGACGAUAAUUCAAAGCCCGUGGCUAAAUCAUCGUUCUCCGUAGAGAAGCAAUGGCCCCCGCCCGAAGCAAGAGGACUUGGUGGAAUGCCUUCACCCGAAGCAAGGGCAUCUUCAGAACGACAAGUAAUAGAUGUGUCGCCUACAGGGUAGUCACGGUCUAAGAAGCACGAAUGAGUAAAUACAAAGGCAACGGGAAAAACCCUCACCAAGUAUCUGGAAUAUGUCCAUC